AUGGACUUUGGCUAUCCAAAACAGCCCGUAUACGAAGCUAGAAUCCACAUUGGCCACCUUCAACAACAAUGUGCCGCCAUCCUUGAGGGGUUUCUGAGUGAUGCAUCCUUCACAAUCCUGGACAGGAGUUAUGAUACGUUGACAAUAAAGACGAAAAUCCAGCAAUAUUUCGACACCUUGCAUCUAGAGCCGACUAUCCAGCAAGACCUUCUACCCUUCAUAGACUUCAGCGCAUACGUGGGCGUAACCUUCUAUCCCCAUGCGACCCAUGAGAUACAGGCUGCUGUCGGAAUCUUCAACACUUACGCGACAGUAAUCGACGACAAGAGCUGCGGUAUUGGCCCAAGCUUAAGAUACUUCACUACCCAAUUAGCGUCCAGUCAGCCACAGAAACACCCCUUUCUACAGCACUUCCAGCAGUUCAUCAAAUCAGAAUGCCCAAGACUCUUCGGGCCCUUCGCUGGAGAUAUGAUCCUCAAGUCCGUACUCGACUUCAUCAGCAUCUCCCAUUAUGAGAUGGUGGAAGAAGAGCGAGGAAAUCAACCCGAGUGUCUACCAGACGCACCUCUAUUCGCAGAAUACGUCCGACUGAAAAGUGGUCUUGCAGAGACCUAUGCAUACUUUGUGUUUCCCGAGAAUCUUUAUCCGGAGUCCAAGUAUCUACAGACCUACAUGCCCACCAUUCCCUACUUACGACAAUUCAUCGACUAUACCAAUGAUAUCUUGUCGUUUUACAAGGAGGAACUGGCUGGAGAGCGGUUUAACUUUAUUCAUAACAGCGCCCAGAGCGGCCAUUGCUCAACAGCGCAGUCCUUGGAGGAUCUCUGCAAGCGGACCAUCGAUAUCAUUGAACACAUUCGGGUGUUAUCAUCUAAGGACGCAAAGAUGUUGGCAGAUAUUGAACAGUUUAUUCAGGGUUAUAUUCUUAUGCAUUUGGGGACGUCUCGCUAUCGCUUGGUGGAGUUAGCUCUGAAUGGGGUGGAGAGGGCGAGGGAGUGUCUACGGGGCAAGAUUGAUUCCGUCACAUAA